AUGACGAACGAGCGCCUCCGGUUCUUGGCCUUGCUCCUCGCAUCCAUCGCGGCUGAUCUGUCGCUAAUGGCGACCGCGCAGCUGAGGCCGGACCACUACGCCGGCGUCUGCCCCGACCUGGAGAGCAUUGUCCGCGGCGCCGUCAGCCGGUCCAUGGCGCACUCGCCCGUCGCCGCGCCAGCCACGCUCAGGCUCUUCUUCCACGACUGCGCCGUCAGAGGCUGUGACGCGUCGAUCCUGCUGACGAGGCCGGACGGCGGCGAUGAGUGGCGGAGCCCCGACGGGCUGACGCUGAAGCCGGAGGGGUUCGACACGGUGAUGCACGCCAAGGACGCCGUCGACGGCGACCCGCGGUGCCGGCACAAGGUGUCGUGCGCCGACGUGCUGGCACUGGCGGCCAGGGACGCCGUCUACCUGAGCGGAGGGCCGAACUACGAGGUGGAGCUAGGCAGGUACGACGGCACGGCGUCCACCGAGAGCAGCGUCACCGUCCCGCACGGCGACUUCGACCUCGACCGCCUCAACGCCUUCUUCUCCGGCCUCGGCCUCUCCCAGACCGACAUGAUCGCGCUCUCAGGGGCGCACACGAUCGGCGCGGCGGCGUGCAACUUCUUCGAGUACAGGGUCGCCGUGGGGAACGAGACGGCCGGCGACCCGGCCGCCGCGGGCAUGGACGCCGGGUUCGCGGCGCGGCUGCGGGGCGCCUGCGCCGGCGCUACGAACAACCGGAGCGGCGGGUUCGCGUUCCUCGACGGCGCGACGCCGACGCGGUUCGACAACGCCUACUACGAGAACCUGCGGCGCGGGCGGGGCGUCCUGGGCUCCGACCAGGCGCUGCACGAUGACGCGAGGUCCCGCGGCAAGGUCGAGCUCUACGCCGGCGACGAGGACGCCUUCUUCGACGACUUCGCGGCGGCGAUGAUGAGGCUCGGGAGGGUCGGGGUCAGGAUGGCCGGCAACGGGGAGAUACGCCGCGACUGCAGAUUCCCCAACUGA